AUGUCCAUGAUCCAGCAACAAAUAACCUUGUCACGAGAGUUCCACAAAGCACAGAUGAGGAGCUACGUUCUUGUGGAAUCCGCCGAAAAGGCUUUUCCUGCAUGGCGGGCAACUAGUAUCAUGGCUAGGCAACAGAUCCUCUUCAAGUUUGUGAAUCUCAUUCGUGCAAACUGGGAUCGCUUGGCUGCAGCUAUUACCCUCGAACAGGGCAAGACAUUGCUGAUGCCAGAGAAGCUACGAGAACCGCUGGCCAUUUGUUCAUUCAGCUUUCCUGCGAUGAUUCCCCUAUGGUGCCUUCCCAUUGCUACCGUGACCGGUAACUGCCCCAUUAUGAAGCCCUCCGAACGUGACCCCGGUGCAGCCAUGAUCCUCGCUGAAUUGGCGAAAGAAGCAGCCUUCCCACCAGGUGUCAUCAAUAUCGUCCACGGUACGACCAGGGCCGUCGACUAUAUCAUCGAUGAACCUGCUAUCAAAGCUAUUAGUGUUGGAAGUAACCGGGCUGGUGAAUAUAUCUAUACCUGCGGCUCAGCAAACGGCAAGCGUGUUCAAGCCAACCUUAGUGCUAAGAACCACGCUGCGCUACUUCCUGACUGCAACAAGAAUCACGCUUUGAAUGCAAUCACGCCGCUUUUGGUGCAGCUGGUCAGCGCUCGAGCGAUCAAGUUGAACGUCAACGGUGGGUUUGAGGAUGGUUCAGAUUUGGGGCCUGUUAUUACUCGAGAGCAAGAAGCCGUUCCAACUCUCGACGAUGCCAUCAAUCUUAUCAACGCAAAUGAAUACGGCAACGGCGCUGCCGUCUUCACAACCUCCGGACCCAUUGCCUCGAAGUUCCAGAAGGACAUCGAAGCAGGUCAACAAGGAAUCAACGUUCCUAUCCCUGUGCCCCUGCCAAUGUUUUCGUUUACCGGGAACAAGAAGAGUAUGGCUGGUGGUGGUGCGAACACUUUUUAUGGAAAGCCGGGUCUGCAGUUCUAUACUCAACAGAAAAUGGUGACGAGUUUGUGGCAUAGCGAGGAUGCAUCCAGUACCAAAGCCAGUGUGAUAAUGCCAACCCAAUCGUGA